AUGUUAUACAAAUCACUUACACAUCUUGCUAACCCAUCAAUUGGAAGUCGUACCUUUGAAACAAUGGAUGAAUUUUCACAUGAUUCACUUCAAGCAUUUAAUGAUGUAGCCAAAACAAGAGGAACUGGAAAGGGUGGUAAAGGAGGUAAUGGAGGAAAAGGAAAGGGAGCUGCUGGAGGUAAACCAUAA